GAAAUCUCGCGUCUUGUGACGGCCGGCCGCCCAACAACCUGCCCGCUUGACCCUAUCCCCUCCUCUCUUCUCCAGACCAUUUCCGGAGACCUUCUCCCUUACCUCACCUCGCUCAUCAACUCAUCCCUGACCGCUGGCUACGUCCCUCCCGUCUUCAAGAGAGCGAGAGUUGCACCCCUUCUGAAAAAACCUACACUCGAUCCCUCCGAUGUCAACAACUACAGACCAGUAUCCCUUCUCUCUUUUCUCUCCAAAACUCUUGAGCGUGCCGUCCUUGGCCAGCUCUACCGCUAUCUCUCUCAGAAUGACCUUCUUGAUCCAAACCAGUCAGGUUUCAAGACUAGUCAUUCAACUGAGACUGCUCUUCUCUGUAUCACGGAGGCGCUCCGCACUGCUAAAGCUAACUCUCUCUCCUCUGCUCUCAUCCUUCUAGACCUAUCGGCUGCCUUCGACACUGUGAACCAUCAGAUCCUCCUCUCCACCCUCUCCGAGUUGGGCAUCUCCGGCGCGGCCCACGCUUGGAUUGCGUCCUACCUGACAGGUCGCUCCUACCAGGUGGCGAAUCGCAUCUCUGCAUGUCUGGCAGACAUAUCAGUGUGGAUGACGGAUCACCACCUCAAGCUGAACCUCAGCAAGACGGAGCUCCUCUUCCUCCCGGGGAAGGACUGCCCGUUCCAUGAUCUCGCCAUCACGGUUGACAACUCCAUUGUGUCCUCCUCCCAGAGCGCUAAGAACCUUGGCGUGAUCCUGGACAACACACUGACGUUCUCAACUAACAUCAAGGCGGUGUCCCGUUCCUGUAGGUUCAUGCUCUACAACAUCCGCAGAGUACGACCCUGCCUCACACAGGAAGCGGCGCAGGUCCUAAUCCAGGCACUUGUCAUCUCCCGUCUUGAUUACUGCAACUCGCUGUUGGCUGGGCUCCCUGCCUGUGCCAUUAAACCCCUACAACUCAUCCAGAACGCCGCAGCCCGUCUGGUGUUCAACCUUCCCAAGUUCUCUCACGUCACCCCGCUCCUCCGCUCUCUCCACUGGCUUCCAGUUGAAGCUCGCAUCCGCUACAAGACCAUGGUGCUCGCCUACGGAGCUGUGAGGGGAACGGCACCUCAGUACCUCCAGGCUCUGAUCAGGCCCUACACCCAAACAAGGGCACUGCGUUCAUCCACCUCUGGCCUGCUCGCCUCCCUACCACUGAGGAAGUACAGUUCCCGCUCAGCCCAGUCAAAACUGUUCGCUGCUCUGGCCCCCAAUGGUGGAACAAACUCCCUCACGACGCCAGGACAGCGGAGUCAAUCACCACCUUCCGGAGACACCUGAAACCCCACCUCUUCAAGGAAUACCUAGG